AUGGAUAAUACUCGUAACAAUAACGAGGCAAGGAAUAAUGCACCCAGAGGAUUGCCUGCUUCAUGGUUUACAAACGUUGUACCUCCAAGAGAAUCUUUAACGCACCAAAGUAGAGAGAUGAUUUCUAGAGAGCAUCGUCAACGAGUUUCGAGAAUAACGCAAAAUGAGAAUACUCUACGUGAUAUCUUUAGAAUCAAUCCAAAUCCUCAGAGGCAGGUCCCACAUUUAAAUUUGGAAAGUUUAGCUCAACAGGGACAGGAGAAUAGACACAGAGGAAGUUUUCCAGUUGCUGAAACACGUUUUUUACCCCAAGGUCCAUCUUCAAGAGGUUUAGAGUUAGAGACAGUAACUUCAGAUAUUAAUAAUAUGAUUUCAGAUACUGGCGAUGUGAGUAUAUUUAACGUGGUACCCGAUGCACUUGAUUUACAAUCUGAUGAUCUGAGAAAAUUGUAUGCUUUCCAAAGUUCUUUACAGCAAAAGGUACAGGCUUAUUUGGAUAUCAUAGAGAAAAGAAGGAACGGUAUAUUAGAUGAGAUUGGAAUAGAUAAUAGUAAACUAGAAAAAAUGCGUUUAACGGAUUCCCCUCAUGCUGUAAAUUUUGUAAACAAAUUACAAAGGAUGAGAUUACGUGCUAUUGAAUCUGAAACGAUGGAAUUACAGAGGUUGAGGGUAAGGUUUUUAACAGUAGUGGAGGAAUAUAGAAGGGCGAUGAAUGAAUACUGUAAGGCGAAAGUAGAAGGUAGACAAGCGCAAAAUCCGACUGAUUAUUUCCAACAAUGGAUCGAAUCUUUAGAUCCCAACGAUAGCUCAGUUUCAGAAGGAUUACAAGAAUUAUCCUCAUGCUCUAAACUUUUAAUGAAUAAUAUUUACCCCUCCUCCAACAAAAUGCCACUACCCAAUCAGCCUCAGAGAAAUACCGUUUUCCCACUAGGUCAUCUUCCAUCUGAAAUUUUGCAUUUGAUAUUAGAAAAAUUAAGCCAUAAAUCCGACAUUGUAAGCCUUUUGACAGUUUGCAAAUUAUGGGCAGAGAUUAUCGUUAAACUACUGUAUUACAGGCCUCACAUUAAUAAACAAACACAAUUGGAUUUAUUCAUGAGAACGAUGAGUUACAGCUCUAAUGAAACAGUUUUCGAUUAUCGUUCAAUGAUUAAAAGACUAAAUUUUUCAUUUGUUGGUGAUUAUAUGCAUGAUGAAGAAUUAUACAAAUUUAUUGGUUGUCGAAAUUUGGAGAGACUGACCUUAGUGUUUUGUAAGCAUGUCACUAGUGAUUCCAUUUCUGAAGUUCUUAAGGGAUGUCGAUAUCUACAAAGCGUGGAUAUUACUGGUAUAAAGGAGAUCUCUGAUAAUAUCUUUGACACAUUAGCUGAAAGCUGUCCAAGGGUUCAGGGGUUUUACGUUCCACAGGCCAAAAAUGUAACUUCGAAAGCGUUAAGCAAUUUUAUUACACAUGCACCAAUGUUGAAAAGAGUUAAGAUCACCGCCAACAACAAUAUGAAUGACAGUUUAGUAGAGUUGUUUGCCGACAGAUGUCCCAUGUUAGUAGAAGUUGACAUCACUUCAUCACCGAAUGUUCAUGACCACAGUCUUUUGCAUCUAUUUACCAAGUUGACUCAACUCAGAGAAUUUAGAGUCACUCAUAACACGAACGUUACUGAUAAACUUCUUCUAGAAUUAUCCAAAAGUGUUAAUCUACUUCCAUCGUUAAGACUUUUAGACUUAUCAGGAUGUGAAAAUAUUACUGACAAGACCAUUGAAAGGGUUGUUGCCCUGGCACCAAAAUUGAGAAAUGUGUUUUUAGGUAAAUGCAGCAGAAUUACAGACCAUUCCUUACAUCAUUUAGCCAGACUGGGGAAGAACUUACAAACGGUGCAUUUUGGCCAUUGCUUCAACAUUAGUGAUCAAGGUGUAAGAACUUUAGUGCAAUCGUGUCCUCGAAUUCAGUAUGUGGACUUCGCAUGUUGUACCAAUUUGACCAACAGAACUCUUUACGAAUUAUCUGAUUUAGCCAAAUUGAAAAGAAUAGGAUUGGUAAAGUGUUCACAAAUGACAGAUGAAGGUCUUUUAAAUAUGAUUUCAUUAAGAGGUCGUAACGAUAGUUUGGAGAGAGUCCAUCUUUCAUAUUGUUCGAACUUGACGAUUUAUCCAAUUUACGAGCUUUUAAUGGCAUGCCCUCGAUUAUCUCAUCUAUCACUAACAGCAGUGCCUUCAUUUUUAAGACCAGAUAUCACAGCUUUCUGUAGACCUGCACCUGCUGACUUUAGUGAUAACCAACGUCAGAUAUUCUGUGUCUUCUCGGGAAAAGGUGUUCACAAGCUCCGUCACUAUUUAAUGAGUUUGACUACACCGACGAGUGGACCACAAACGGACCUAAGAGAAGUUUUAACCAAAUACGUCUCUACAAGGAACUUACUUCACCAAGGUGAAGAUUUUGAGCAUGGGAUGAAUAGAAUAGUCAGUGAAUUAAACCAAGAUUCUGCCGCCAUCUUAGCGGCAACCGGAUUAAGUCAGAUGAAUGGAAUGAACAACGACUUUUUAUUCCAAAAUAUUGAGUUUGACAAAUUGGAUGACGUAUUUAAUUGGUAUGAGGUUUCAUUACCAACACCACGUCUCACACCUCAAGAAAUUAAAAAUUUAUUAUCACUUGUGGACAAAAAAUUUUGUGAAGAUCCAUUUGAUGAAGAAUACGAUGAAGUAGACGUUGUGGUUGCGCCUGGUGCCGAUCACGAUUUGAAUAACGAGCUUUGUCACAUUGUAAGGAAAUUUCAUGAACUUUAUGACCGUGUCAACGAUUUCGAAGUUAAUGUUGCUAGUUUGGCUCGUGUUCAAUUCCAGUUUACAGGAUUUUUAUUACACGAAAUGGCCCAAAUCUACAUGCAAAUGGUUGAUUUGAAUAGACAAACUUCUCAAAUUCAAAAAUUUACUUAUGAUUCAGGUUUGGAGGCUUCCAUUAAAGGAUUUUCAAUCUGGAGGCUAUUAUUUAUCGAAAGAUUUGCUGCAUUGGUUAAAAAAUACAAACUUUCGACUGUAGUUUUAAGAUUGUACUUGAAAGAUAGUAUUACAUUAUUGACGAGACAAAGAGAGUUGUUUUUAGCACAUCAAAGGUCAACAUGGAAUCCAGCCAAUGACAAUGAAGAAGAAGAGGAUCCUAUGUUUUGGCAACAGUUUGGAGACAGGGUACAAAUAUCUCCAGAUCAGAUGCGUAUAAUUCAACUAGGCCUACGUGGUCCGCCUGUGAUGGGUGGUAACGGGUUACAACCAAUCAUGGACGUAGAUAACAUUAAUCAGGUGGAUGGCAGGUCGGGAACUCCAGACGAAGAUACAGUUUUGGAGGAUGCAUGA